UUAAAUAAUUCUCCUCUAUUUGUCAUGUCCCUAAUCGUGUUAUAAAAGUAGAAAGUUCAAAAGGAAAAUGCUAGAAAUAACCAAAAAGAAAUUUAUCUUAAAAAAAGAAUGUUGCUACAAAAAACUCUGCUCUCUUUCUUCUUUUUCUCUCUGCUUCUUCUAGUUCAAAGUAAACACAACCAUGAAGUCGAAGAGGAAGAAGAAGUCGUAACAAGAUCGAUGUUUCCCGACGAUUUUAUAUUUGGGGUUGCCACUUCUGCAUACCAAAUAGAAGGAGCUUAUCUUGAAGAUGGAAAGAGCCUCAAUAAUUGGGAUGUUUUCACUCAUCAUCCUGGGAACACUGGGAGAGGAGAAAACGGAGAUAUAGCCGAUGAUCAUUACCAUCGUUACAUGGAAGAUAUUGAUAAAUUAGAGUAUUUAGGAGUAAAUGCUUAUCGAUUGUCAAUCUCAUGGACCAGAAUCCUACCAAGGGGAAGAUUUGGUGAGAUCAAUCCAAGUGGGCUCAUGUUCUACAACAAUAUUAUUGACAAUUUGCUGCUAAAAGGAAUCGAGCCAUUUGUGACAAUUCACCACUUUGAUUUGCCACAAGAACUCGAGGAUAGAUAUGGAGGCUGGCUAAGUCCUCACAUGCAGGAAGAAUAUGUUUAUUUUGCAAAGCUAUGUUUUGAGAAGUUCGGUGAUAGAGUGAAGAAUUGGAUGACUAUAAAUGAGCCUAAUGUAUUCACUCAAUUCGCUUAUAUGAGAGGAACAUUUCCCCCAAGGCGUUGUUCACUUCCUUUUGGUAACUGUUCUGCUGGUAAUUCAGAUGUCGAACCUCUAAUUGCUGCUCACAACAUGUUGAUUGCACAUGCUAAGGCCGUUAAACUAUAUCGAAACCAUUUUCAGCCUAAGCAAGGUGGAAUUGUCGGUCUAACGGCGAAUGCCUUCCAUUAUGAACCAUACACAAAUGAUGAAUUUAGCUACCAAGCUGUAGAAAGGUCUUACGCUUUCAAUGUCGACUGGAUAUUUGAUCCCUUAAUAUAUGGAAAUUAUCCUGCCUUAAUGCGCAAAUAUCUUGGAAAGGACUUACCAAAGUUUAGUAAAGAAGAAGUAGAGUUAUUGAAAGGAAGUAUUGAUUUCAUAGGCAUAAAUCAUUACUCCACAUUUUAUGCACUUGACUGUUUCAAUUCCAAUGAUUGUACCUCAACGGAAAAUCGCGCUAUUGGAGGAUAUACUGGCAGAGCGAUAGCUCGAAAUGGUAUUCCGAUCGGAGACGAGAUGGGCGUUUUUGGGUUUCGCAUAGUACCUUAUGGAAUGGAGAAGCUUCUAAAUCGUUUGAGUUUGAGAUAUCCAAAUACCAGUAUUUAUAUUACAGAAAAUGGGUACUGCCCACCGAAUUACCAAGAAGGAACAGAGUUGCUACAAGAUUUUACAAGGAUUAAAUUCCACCAAACGUAUCUCGCAUCUAUGUCCAAGGCUAUGAGGAAAGGAGCUAAAGUAAAAGGGUAUUUUGUAUGGAGUUUUAUGGACAAUUUUGAAUGGAUACAAGGCUAUAACAUCACCUUUGGGCUCUAUUAUGUGGAUCGGAACACCAUGAAACGAACGCCCAGACUUUCCGCCAAGUGGUUUAAAGAUUUCAUUGCAAAUGGUGAAAAGUCAUCAACUAUUAGUACAUUUUAGCACCCAAUUAUUGUUUAUUGCACAUACCUAGGAAAAUGAUGUAUGAGCAAUUUUAAUGAUAACAUGACUAUAAGGUCUCUUUGGCAAAUUCCGUUCAAUUCAUUAUGUUGAUUGUUUAUACAUUUUUUUUGAAUUGUAUCCAAUUAAUUCUCCAAAUAAACAUAUUUAUACAUUUUUUUUGAGUUGUACCUAGUUAAUUCCCUAAAUAAACAAAAUUUGUUUAUCUGGGAGUAUAAUUGUCUUUUCAGGUAUCAGUGGAGGAGUACAUACGUCUUUUCAUGUACAAGUAGUUGAGGGGUACAUGUGUAAUUUUCUUACCGAACAAUAAAAGCAAGUUGCAAACAGUAAUUGGA